AUGGCUUCCCUACACCUCUCCCUUCUCCCCCUCCUCCUCCCGGCCGCGGCGGUGCGGGGCGACCCCGGGAUUCUCGCGGGGCACGCCCUUGGCUCGGACGUGGCCAACUCGACGACCGUCCUGGAGCCCACCGUCUGCGCUGUCGUGCCAUCGAUCGUGGUCGUCUCAUCACACGUAAAACCGCACCAGUGCAAUGUGCUACACAAGCGGCUCAGCCAUGGCGAACUCAUCGUGUGCUCUUCUGAGACCGGCUGGACACGCGGCGCCAACCGCAAUCGCGGUGCGAGCGCGUGUGGCAACGCAACCUUCGUCACCUUCCUUGACGCUGACGAUGUGAUGCACCCAGCGGGCAUUGCACGCAUGCUGUCACUGCUCGAUGAACACCACGCCGACCUGGGUCUUCACUCCUACGUACCCUUCACGGACCAGCAGCCGCGCUGGCCCGCACGAGCGCCUUUCGUGGUGACACCGCCCAGUGUUUACGUGGCGAUCGCGAGGACGGCCGACUCCGAGAGGCGCGGCGACGCCCGCUUUGAUCAUCCCAGUUGGAAGACAACCGGGCCGGUGCACUAUGGCCACGCGACCGUCCGUGCGGAGGUGAUGAAUUCGAUCAGGCAGCGCAAGGACAAGAAAGUGGGAGAGGACAAGGCAUUCGCUAUGUCAACCAUACUCGCCGGCUGGCGCACCGUGUACACGAGCGAGGCGCUCACUGGAUAUCGCAAGGGAACCUCAGUGCAAAACCCCCGGGGCGUGAAAUAA